CUUUUCUUAUGCACUUUUGUAAAAAUUACAAUUUUGAUUUCAAAAAUAUUUUACGUUUCCCUACGUUUGAAUUCAGCGCUUGCGCUUUUAUCAAUGUAACUAAAUUUCACAUUACCACAACAUCAAACAUACACGUAUAAUUUUACUAACGUUUUCCACUCAAAAGAAGAAUUCCACAAUCGAAAACAAUAUUUAGAAGCCACUGCCAGUGGCGAAGGAUGAAGUUGUAAGAUGAUGGGUGAUCAGUUUCGUAAAGUAGAACAAUACUCGCCAAAAUCUUCACCCAGAGGGGCUCGAUCCCCUGUGGUCCCUCGUCAAGAUUCAUCAGGAACGUUAAAAACCACCAUUAUACUAGGGCCGAAUCCUUCCAUUGUCCCUCCUAGUGGGCCCUUUUACUUAAUGAAGGAGCCACCAGGAGAAUCUGAACUGACUGGGGCUAUGAACUUGAUGGCCUACUAUGGCCUCGAGCAUUCUUACAGUAAGUUCAGUGGAAAGAAAUUGAAAGAAUCUCUUUCUUCAUUCCUCCCAACCCUACCAGGAGUUAUAGAUGCCCCUGGUGCUCAAGAUAAUAGUUCAUUAAGGUCUGUGAUUGAAAAGCCUCCAAUUGGGGGCAAGGAAUUGUUACCAUUAACAAGUUCUCAAUUAGAAGGAUUUAGAUUGCACCCUGGUCCUUUACCUGAACAGUACAGAUACAUAAACCAAACUCCCAUCAAGAAACAUAAAAAUAAACAUAAAAAGCAUAAACACAAGGAAGGUGGAAUACCUAGUCAAGAAACACAUAUAACUGAAAUAGGACAGGAUACUCAUGAGAAGAAGCAUAAAAAGCAGAAACGUCACGAUGAGGAUAAGGAAAGGAAGAAGAGAAAAAAGGAGAAAAAACGAAAGAAACAGAAGCACAGUCCAGAACAUAGUGGUGGACUGACACCCAGCCAACACACUUCCUCAUAAUGUUCAUUUAUUUAUCAAUUAUUUCAUUUUAAUUAAUUUUAUUGUGUAUUAAUAUAAACAUUAUUAUGAUUUUAA